GGAAAAAUAUUUUAGUUUUUUAAACUUUUUCAAAAUAAAAAUUUCUUUGAUUUUAUUAUUUUUGUUUAAAAAAAUGAGACUUUCACAUCGAUCAUUGUUUGUUUCAUUAUUGAUAACAGUUUUCCUGAUCAUAUUAUUAGGGAAAAUUGAUGGCCGAUCCAAUUGGACAUGGUUUUCAAUAUUCACACCGAUUUGGAUUCUUGAUCUUUUCACUUAUCUAUUGUAUUAUGCACGGCAACGUACAACAGAAUUUUAUUAUGAUUUUAAAUCAAAACAUAUCAUUAUUGGAAGUAUAAUUUUAAAAUUAAUUUUUCAAUGUUUAUUAUGUGUUAAAUUAGAAUAUUUCGAAUCAUUAUCAUUAUUUAUUGUUUUUAUACCAUUAUGGAUAUUUUUAAUAAUCAUAUCGGUAAAUGUUUUUCGUGAAAUGAUUAUCAACGAUGAAGAUUAAUGAUCAUUAUAAAAAUGACUUUGGAAUAUCGACAAGAUCUAUUGAUGAAAUUUCUUCAGCUAUUCCGCACA